AUGUCUGGCAAAAUGUGCGCUCAAUUAUUUUCUUGUCCACUGUGUGCUCGGCCUAGUUUUUCAUCAUUGGAUUCACUGCGAGUAGGACUCGUUAGUGUGGCGACACGACCACUGCAGUGUCCUGUUUGCAAUGAAACACUUCUAGGCAUUGAUAAACUGACAAUCCAUUUAUUCGGCCAUACAAUAAUUAAUGCACCUGAUGAUACUAAAAAAUUAUUAAUUGAUAAUAAAACUAAAGUGUCAGAAAAUAUUUCUGAUGCAAACAUAAAUUUGCAUUACGAAAAUGAAUUAGAAAAUUAUCAGUCUGAUUGUGCAGUUGAAUUGGAGCAGGUUAAAAAAAAUUAUUUAGUAAAAGCAUUAAAUUCAUGUGUAAUUCAAUCUAAAGAAGUCGCUAAUGCUACAGUUUCUAUAAAUAGUCUAGACCAAUGUGAGUCACGUCAACUACCAUCGGUUUGGACUAACGAUUUAUUGCUACACGAUCUACAGAAUUCAACAUCUGAUACCAAGUCAUCGGGGGUUAAAAUUUUCAAAAAUUUCGUGCCAAUUAAAACCGCGGAAGUUAAAAUUUUAAAUGCGGAUGUUGAUAAAAUUGGAUCACAAUUGACUUUACGCAUUCCAGAAAGCUCUGAUACUUCAGUCAUGAUUAAUAAUAAUGAUAGUAAUGAUAAUGAUAAUAAUUGUAAUUAUAAUUGUAACAGUAGUAAUAAUAAUGUAAAUAUUUUACCACAAUUAAAGACAUUAAAAAAUAAUUUAAUGGGUAAAGAGAAAACCGAGCGGUGUAAUAUAUGCGGCUUUCACUUUCCCGAUCACAAUAUUUUAAUGUUACAUAAACAAAUAGUUCAUAUGAUUGAUGAAAAAGAUAUUGAUAUAAAACCAGAAGCAUUAUUAAAAAAUUAUCCAUGUCAUUUGUGCCAUAAGAUAUUCAAAAUGCGGGGAAGUUUGAUGGUUCAUAUGAGAGUUGCUCAUACUGGUAUUAAUUUAGGGUCACUGACAAAAGAUAAAGAUUUGAAUCAAGUUUGCUGUGAGAAUGGGUUCAAUUGUCCGACUUGUGGUAAAAAUUUUCGUAAGGAACAGCAUGUAACCCAACAUCUAAAAACACACGAAGCAAAGCAAUGGGAGUGUGAUAUCUGCAGUAAAAUGUUUACGACAAAGUACUUCCUGAAGAAACAUAAAAGAUUGCAUUCUGGAGAAAUGCCUUACAAGUGUAAUAUAUGCAGCAAAACGUUCACAUUUCAGCAGUCUUAUCAUAAACACAGAUUAUAUCACAAGGAUGAUAAACCACACACGUGCACUACUUGUGGACGGUCCUUCAAAGAGCUUUCGACGUUGCACAAUCAUGAGAGAAUUCAUACUGGAGAAAAGCCGUUUGCAUGCGAAACUUGUGGGAAAUGUUUCAGACAACGCGUGUCGUAUUUAGUACACAGAAGAAUUCAUACCGGAGUGAUGCCGUACACUUGUACCGCUUGUGGAAAAAGUUUUAGAUACAAAGUAAGUCAGCGGACUCAUAAAUGUCCAGUUCAGACAGAAGCCAGAGAAUCUUUAUCAGACCAAUCGGAAAAUUCUUCUGGGGCCGCAAAUGAAGUCUGCAAUCUACCGGACACUGAUAAGAAAACAAUCGAAAUGCCUUUGGAAAUAAACGAAGCAAACAAAUUUGUCCUGGUAGUCAACAAUGGACAGCCAAUUUUAAAACGCGAGCAAGAAGUCAAGUUUGAUUCACUGGUCAAUUCACCGUUGGUUCAAGAAUGUGAUUUAAUUAAUGAAUCAGUGGAAAUAAAUACUGAUAAUUUUUAUCCAUUUGUCGGAAUUGCGGCAGAGCUACGUGCCGAUUUGUCAUUACCGUCAACAGAAAUGAAACAAUUAAGGCUGUCAUCGCCUACUAAUGAAGAAAUUUAUCGUAAGUCUAUCGACGAGUCUUUUCGAGAAACUCCAGAUCUUCAUAAAGACAUUAAACAUGCAAUCGAUGGUAUUUUGCAAGAAAGACGAGAGAUUAAUGCUCUAGAAACGAUAAAUGACGAAUCAUUCAAACAAUUGUUGUAUGAAAUUGAUAAGAAAGUUUGAAUAAAUUUAUUUUAUAUCCGAUACUGUCUUGAAAUUUCCAUUAACUUUUUUUAUAUUGUCAAGUCAAGUCAUCUUGUAAAAAAUUAACAGCAAA